AUGGAACCAUACGAAAAGCAACCGAAGAAGCUUAAAAGGGCGUUCAACGUCGAGCAAGAUCGAUCUUAUGACAUCUUCGACUCCAAGAAACGCGCGUGGCGAAUCAAGGAAAGAGCACCAGAGGGGAAGGUAAAGAAAUGGGCGACCCUUGAUGUAAUCCCUAGCCUAAGUGUUACCCACGGAGACGAGUUCAAGCUAUAUGACAUUGUUUGGCAUACGCUACCGUCUCAAGACGGCAGACACAACAUACCAGACCCCGUCGUUUUGAUGGAGCUUCGCCAGGCAAAGGAAGAUAAGUCAUGGGUAUACAUAGUUUGUCUCUACUUCGAGAAGGUAGAUUCAGGAACAUAUCUACUCUCUAACCACUGGGAAGUCCGGUCAUACGAGUUCUUCUCCCAGGACAAGAAACUCGCCAACAAACUGCUGGUCAAGAUUGACUGGAGCCGAUUCUUCGAUUUCAGAGACAAGAGAAUUCGAAAGGUCAUUAAGUGCAAGAAAAUGCAACGCAUCAUUCAAGAUCCACGCCUGAAUAAGAUAGAGGGUAGCGUGAACCCACGCAAGCGCAAGUGGACGAACGGACGCGAUCCGACGAACGAUCUAAUAUAUCGCAGUGCCAGGGGCCGACCUCACAGAGCGAUGUGGGUGCUGCAUGCGCUUGCUGGUUCUUGUGCUAACCCAUGUGUAGACGAGAUCAAGAAGAUGCUUGGUGAGGGUGCAUUUGGCAAGGUCUUUCAAGCGUACGAUAGGACCGAGAAGACCCCAUGCGCCAUCAAGGUCAUCAGAUCAGUGCCAGAAGACGAAGAUGCAAUUCGCAACGAGCUGGAAGUUCUACAGACCCUGGCAUCGAACGACAAACAUAACACUUACCAAUGUAUUCAUAUGCGGGAUUAUUUCCAUUUUCGAAACCACACCUGCAUAGUCACCGACCUCUACGGCAAGAGUAUGUUCGCCUUUCAGGAGUCAAAUAGCUUCGUACCAUUCCCAGCAUUACACAUUCAGGAGUUUAGUAGACAGCUAUUCACCAGCGUUGCUUUUCUGCAUGAUCUACGCAUCGUCCACGCCGAUCUGAAGCCGGAUAACAUCCUCCUAGUAAAUGAUAAUUACGAGAUGUUCCCGUACAAUGGUACAGUACAACCGUCAUCAGCUACUGCGGACUGCAGUGUGACAACUCGGAAAGUGCUCCAUGACACAGAAAUUCGAAUCAUUGAUUUCGGAUCAGCCUUCUGCUAUGAUUCACACAAUCCGGAUAUCUUCACCCCUCAGUAUCGCUCGCCAGAGCAUAUCCUCAACGUCGACUGGAGCUUCCCUCAUGACAUCUGGAGUAUAGGCUGCAUUCUAGUCGAGCUAUGGACCGGGAAAUGCCUAUUCGAGACAGAAGAUGACUUGGUGCAUCUGGCAAUGAUGGAGACUAUGUGGGGGAAGGAGCUUGACAGGGAGCUGAUAGACCAGUGUUCCGCGGAUUCGCAAGUUAUCCCGAAUCGUCUGGUUCACUCACUGACGCAUCGCUAA